GCUCCACUCUGGGGAAGUGAGGAGGGGAAGCAGAGCAGGACACCUGGGUCCCAAGAAGCCUGGUCCCUUCUCCCCUCCACUUAGGGUGACCCCACGUCCUGCUAGUGGGGGGCUUUGGCCUCUACAACCGUCCCCUCCCAACCCUGAAAACAAAGUGUCCUCAUUUUCCCCACUUGAUUUUAGGUCACCUCCCCCGGGCCACCCAGGUCUCAGCGGGGCGGAUCUGCCUGUGGGUUACCCAACACUGCUGAAGCUUCCGCUGGAUGCUUGUACCCGCUGACUCAGCCCCCUCGGAGCAGCCAGACGGCUGGGGUGGCUCUGGGAGACGCCCGACAGCUGACGCGGCUGGAGGAAGAAGGUCCUAAGGAUUAACCACCCUGCUCUCGCCCCAAUGACCAACGCCACCUUCAACGCCACCGCCCAGUCGGGCACGCUGCCCCCGUUGCCUGGCGCCAAGCUGGGGCUGACCGUGCUCUCCUUGGCCUUCAUCCUGGGCUUCCCAGGCAACGUCUUCGUGGUGUGGAGCGCUCUCUGGCGUGUCCAGAAGCGCACGAUCACCUGCCUCCUCAUCCUCCACCUGGCCCUGGCCGACUGCGCCGUGCUGCUCACUUCCCCUUUCUUCCUUCGGCUCCUGAGCGUCGGGCAGUGGGAGUUCGGCUCCGUGGUCUGCCAGCUGUGCCACUACGUCUGCGGUGUCAGCAUGUACGCCAGCAUCUCCCUCAUCACCCUCAUGAGCCUGGACCGCUGCUUAGCUGUCACUAAGCCCUUCAUCUCCCAGAAGAUCCGGACUGCCAUGGUGGUCAGGUCCUUGGUCUUGGCCAUCUGGAUGGUCUCUUUCCUCCUUGCCGUGCCGGUCAUUUUCUACCGCAAGCUGGUGCUUAAGGGCAGGCACCUUCUCUGCGACCUGUCCCAUCCCACCAUUGGCCACCUUGUUUUCCACAACCUUUUUGAGACCUUGACCGGCUUUGUGCUGCCCUUUACUGCCAUCAUUUGGAGCUACUGCGUCAUCGGGCGCAGGCUGCAGGACACCCGCUUCCGGAGAAAGCGCCGCACCAACCGGCUCAUUGUGCUGAUCGUGGCCGCCUUCGCCCUCUUCUGGCUGCCCUACCACAUGGUGAACAUCCUAGACGUGGCUGGGGCACUGAGCCACUCCAAGAGACUCAUCAUGGCCGGGAAGAUGGCCCGGCCCACCCUGACGGCCCUGGCUUUCUUCAGCAGCAGCGUCAACCCCAUCCUCUAUGCCUUCAGCGGUGGUGCCUUGAUCAAGUCGGCUGGCAUAGGCUUCAUGGCCAAGCUCUUUGAGGGGACGGCCUCAGAAAUGUCCAGCACGCGGCAGGGGACGGGGCGGACCACCCAGCGACGCGAGGAGGCCAAGUUGGAGAUGGUGCAGGAUGGGAACCCAGAGAGCAUCACCCUUUCCACCAACCCGCUGGAGUAGCCCUCGGCCAUGUGGGACAGGCACUCCGACAAUCCCACCGCAUCCACCAACACCCUGGACUAGCACUAGGGCACGUGGGACAGGAGCUGCAACAAUCCCACCUCAUCCACCAACACCCUGGGUUUGCCCUGGGGCCAUGUGGGAUGGGAACUCCCAAAAAUCUCACCGCAUCCAUCAACACCCUGGGUUUGCCCUGUGUCCGUGUGGACAAGAAUAGGAAAAAUCUUCCUGGGAGGCCCAGAAGAUGAUGGUGCAAGGCCCCAGCUGACUCCUUCAUGGAGUGAUGGUGAAACUAUCAAGAAUUUGCUGGGACAGUGCUCGCGUGCUUCUUAUUUGGAGGUUGUCCUGGUCUGAACAACCUGCCCGCAACACCCAUUUUCCCUUCCUCACUGGCUGUGACUUUGUGGGGACAAACCCAGGCUCCAAUAUCUCCACCGUGACACCACCAGGGACUGGCCCGGCUACACGAGGAGAAUAAUUAGACUUUGUGUAAAUGUGGAAAAGGGACUCAAGCCUGAAUGGGGAUGAGUGCAGGCGCUGCCAUUGG